AUGACAAAGUACUUUGAUUCUGCCUCGUACGGUGACGCCGACCACGGCUGCGGCGGCGGCGGCGGCGGCGGCGAGGACCUGGGCUCCCUCUCGGACGGCGCGUGGCGGAGCCGCUACCUCAUGGACCACGACCCGCUGAACCAGCUGCUGGUGUGCAUGGUGUGCGGCGACCUGCUCUACUCCCACAGCCUGGAGGGCGUCCGGGCCCACAUCGAGGAGGCCCACCCGGACACCCUGGACCUGGAGCCGCCCGAGUGCCGCCGGAUCCUGGACGCCUGGGACGAGCAGGUGUCCCAGCGGGAGCGCUUCUUCACCAGCCAGCUGCAGCGGCACGGCGCCACUCUGGCAGAAGCGAACGGGAGCUAAAUUGGAAAAACCUCAAAAGGGACAAGAAACAAAAGAUUACACACCAGAGAUGACCAUCAUGUUCCCUGUCAUCUACCGUUCUUCUUUUCUGUGAUUGCGAUGGCUUUUUGUUGAUCACUCAUCUCAGUCAUCUUCAACCGGCCAAUCUCCCAAUCCAUCGUCCCCUCACUCACAAACAAGACCCAGAGAUACUUGAACUCCUUCACUUGGGGUAAGGACUCAUUCCCCCCCCCCCCCCUUUGUUCAUGGGCUACUUUUAAUUGAAUGCUGUACAGGGAACACGCCUACAAGUUUGUUUAUAUUUUACCUAAUUUCUAACGGAAACACAGAGCACAAGUCUUAACAAGGUUUUUUGUAAUAUUGUAAUUAUUUGGAAAGAGUUGACAAAUUGCAGACUGUUUACUAUGUUAUUACUGCACAAAUAAACGGUUUGCAUUCACACUUGAUACAGUAUGUAUACUCUUAACUAAAUUAUGCAUGUCAUUUUCUAGCUGCUUAAUGCAUUAGUGACCUUACACCACUGAUUGCCAGCUUUUUUUAAAUUUGUACCCAACCUUCUUAGACAGGUGUAGAUCUAGUUAGAACAUCAACUCCACUUCACCAUGCGAAAAAAACAUGUCGACUGUAAACAUGAAACAAGACUUUUUUUUUUGUUACAAUCAAGUUAUAUGUAAGUAAUAUGCCAAAUCGUUUACUUGUACAAAUUGGGUUUCUUACAAUCCACCUUUCAAUGGAAAUGUAACCUUGUUUAUUUAUUGCAAGCUUCGUCAUACAGCUUGUUUAGUUAUUAUUGGUAUGCCUAGCUAGUUUUGUGUUGAUUCUCAUCUGUGGAUACUCCACUUUUUCUUGCAUGUGCUGUAAGUGGAUGCACAGCGGGUUCAAAAUGGGCGCGAUGCGUUUACAUGUUGACCAACUCAUUGGCUCUCUAAUGUUGUAUGUUCCAUUGAGCACAUAGUCUUUAACUCGUCAUUUUAUAUUUGAAUAAAACCAGAGGAAAAAAAAACCUGCACGACAAGUUUGGUAUCGGUAACAAAUCAAGCCAUUUGAGAAUGUAAUUUUGAAGCUAACUCGUAUGUUGUUUAAAAAAAGGAAUGCUUUUUUUUUUCUGAACAAAUAAAUAUUUUAUACCUUU